CCCCUCCGUUCCCCCACCCUCCAGUCCGUCCUCCCUCUCCCCUUCUACCUCCACCCCUGUGAGACCCAGACCAGCAGGGCGACCCCCAUCCCCCACCCAGUCUCACCUGUUGACCUCUGACCCUAGCCCUUUACCUGGACCUGACCGUCCCUUCAAUCAGGCCAGAAAAAGGGGUCGCCCCAAAUCCCAAACCUCGAGCUUGGACGAACCCCAACCCAGACACUCCCCUAAACCUACCCAAGCUGAAAUGCUCCCUCAUGGGCAUGAUGAGACUCCGGACCCCCAUGUGCUCAACCCAGUGCUAGAUCACAGUCCCACCCUCACCAAUCCCUCUAGCCCCAACCCCACACCCAGGAAACGAGGUCGCCCCAAACGGCUGCCCCCCUCCCCCCUCCUCCCCAAACAGACUCUCCAGGACCAGAACAGGGGUACACUGACCCCCUCUGGAGGUGAGGAGGGGGGUAAAGACUUCCCCUCUGAAAAGGGGAACAGGAAGCUGAGGAUGAGGACCAUCAUAGGAGAGAUGAAGAGGAGGAAGAAGAGGAGGCUACUCAGGGAAAUGCUUUCUGGGUGUGGAGGGGGGAAGGAGGGGAGAGGUAGAGAGAACUCUCGUGGGUGUGCAGGAGGGGUGUGUGGGUCGGCCACAGCAGCCUCCCUGUCCUCCUCCUUUGCGGGUAAACUAGGUCCCCAGAUCAACGUGAGUAAGAGGGGGACCAUCUACAUGGGGAAGAGGAGAGGACGCAAACCCAAAGCUCCAGCUAACUCUAACCCUGCCUCUCAGUCCACACUGUUCACCAGUCUCUCUAGUUCCUCUCUCUUCUCCUCUCCCCAGCCCCAUCCUCCCCUCUCUCACCCAUUCCCCUCCCCAUCUCUCACCCACUCCAGUGGAGCCCAGAGCCCUUACAGUGAUGGAGGCUGCACAGAACCUGCUCCCUCCCUCUUCCUCCCCCACACCUUCUCCCUCCCCUCACCCUCCUCCUCCUGUGCAUCGCCACGUCCUCUCUCCUCCUCCUUCUCCUCCUGCUCAUCCCUCUCUCCCUCCCUAAAGAGGAGUUCUCCAGGUCAGGGACGACAUCCCCUCUUCCACCAUCCCUCCAGCAGACUCUCUUCUCCUCCUCUUCCUCACCCUCUUUACCCCCAUCUGCCUGUCUUCCCCACACACCACCUGAAAGAGGCCACACCCUCACCUAUCAAUAAAUCACACAGCAAGGAGAUGUUGCCUAGUGAUAGUGUGAUUGGAAUGGACCACAACACUACCUCAGAGAGGGGGGAGAGGAGGGGCCGAGGGAGAGGGGAGGUAACCAUGGGAAUGACCUCAGAUGUCACCCGGUCAGUGUUCCGGACAGGUUUAGGGGUCAACCUGAAGGGUCAGAGACAACCCUCACCCUCCAUGUUACUAGAACACCCCCCCCCUGUACCCUCACCCAUCAGAGUGUCAGCCUCACCCCCCUCUCCCCCCUCUGCCUCCCCCAGACACACGCCUCCUUCUGACUUAGUGGAACCCAGAGACAGACACAGGCACAGGCGGAGGGGGUACGAAUGUCCCUAUACCUGCCCCCCCUGCCCCUGCCUAGGGCACAACCAGCGCUCCCACCUGGACCUCUGCCCCUGCCUAGGGCACAACACACACAAGAGACAGAAACACAAACACAAGAGGAAGUACCAGCACCUGCUCAUGCACGCGCACGACCCAGACUUCCUCUCUGAACUAGACGAUCUCAUUGGGCAGUUCAGCGAGGUCCGCAUCGGGCGCCACCGUGAUUGGGCCAGAGCUGGAUUGGGGCAGGAUCUCGAUGAGAGUGGGGAGAAAAGACGCCACUCUUCAUUAUUGUCAUCGCAAAAUUUCCGCUCAAACGUUUACAGAAUCGACUUGAGUGGAUACUACUCGCCUCACCCCCUGUCUCACCCCCUGUCUCACCCCUGUCUCACCCCCUGUCUCACCCCUCCUUCUCCCCGCUCCACCCCCACCCCCCCCACAGCCUGCCUUAUGGCAGCAGAAAGCCAGAGCAGAGGUUGAGGUGUGGCUGUC